AGGGGGUGCAGCACUCCACCACGGCACCGUCCUGUUAGCCUGUUGGGAGGGAGUGGCUCUGCUCAUCCUUGCUGUUAUUGGUCACCACCGUUGCCGAUGCUUCUCUGCAGUUUCUGUGUGCCAGGUCAGCGUCCAGCGACGGGAUUCCCUCUGUGCAUCCACGGUACUUUCCCGUGGUUCCUGCAGGACCAGCCGCAGCCAGGAGCAGUGUUGAAAUGGAGGGUGUGAGACCAGGCAGCAGCAGCAGCAGGAGGAGGAGGAACAGCCAGGAGCACUGGGCAACCCCAGGCGUGAGGACCUACACUUGUGACCACUGCGGGAAAGUGUGCUCCACCAAGGCUGCCAUUGCCAGACACGUCCUCUCCCAUGCCGGCAAGACAAGGCUGAGAGGCAAGAGUGGCCCCACUGAACACACUGGUGGCAGGACCUACACUUGUGACCACUGCGGGGAGACAUUUGCAAACAAGAGUGAUGUUGCCCCACACAUCCUGACCCACACUGGGGAGAGAAAGUUCCAGUGCCUGGAGUGUGGGAAAAGAUUUAUCCAGAAAGGUAUCUUGACACACAUCCUGACCCACACUGGGGAGAGAAAGUUCCAGUGCCUGGAGUGUGGGAAAAGAUUUAUCCAGAAAGGUCAUCUUGACAGACACAUCCUGACCCACACUGGGGAGAGAAAGUUCCAGUGCCUGGAGUGUGGGAAAAGGUUUGCCAGGAAAGGUCAUCUAGACACACACAUGCUGACCCACACUGGGAGGAGACAUUCUGGAGGAAAGAGAACAAAAUGAACAAGUGCCGGCUACAAACAUAACAAGAAAGACUGGAGAAAACUUCACCAAAAGAGAACAGCUUCUCGGGGUGGAGAGAUGGAGGAACCUGGAAGAGCUGGGAGAUUCAGAGAAGAACUAGAAAAGAGCUACAUAGAUAAAGAUGAAUCCCUAUCCAGUGGAGGUACAAUUAGCACCAAUCAAGGGAACUGUCACCAUCCUGAAGAGAGCCCUCGGAUACAGUGCUCACAAUGCUCAAGGUGCAACCCCAGGUUUGAGGUCCAUUGCAUCUUGCAAAGGACCAACAAAAGAAAAUCAGAAAAAGUGGGAGAGAAAGUUCCAGUGGGUGGAGUGUGGGCAGAGAUUUCCCCGGUGAGGUAAUCUUGACACACACAUCCUGAGCCACACUGGGGCUUGUACAAGUACAAACUAGGCUCACCCUGAGUGUAGGAAGAGAGAAGGAA